AUGCUCAACACUGCGUUAAUAUCAAAUGAUGGUCCAUUGGGUGAUAUUUGGCUCGCUGCCAACUAUGACAAGAAAUUGACAAAACACCAGCUUCUCAAUACAAAUAUCGUUGAGUCGGCAAAGUACAUCACCAAUCGUACUCACCACAUCGGCAAUCAAACUGAGGACAGUAACAUUUCAACAGACAUGGAUGCUAUAACAUUACGUUUAUCGGGUCAAUUGCUAUUAGGGGUAACGAAAAUUUACUCAAGAAAGACAAAAUAUUUGCUAGAUGAUAUCAAUGACGUCUUGUACAAACUUAGAGCUGUAUUUAGAAUGUCAAGUGGUGUCCAAUUGGGACCCGACGGAGGAGUAUCGACUAAAGUCAACUUGCCACCACAACAAACUACAAUAGCUGACUUGAACACAAUUACAUUAAAGGAUCAAGUUACUGGUUUUGACUUGUUGUGGCAGGAGAAUUUGCAACUCGAAGAAGAGCCGAUCAAUCCAAUGGACACAGUCUUCAACAAUGAUAACGAUAGUCUGAGAUUGGACACGUCUGUGGGAUCCAUUGAAUAUGGUAGAUUGGAAGAUAGGCAUGGCGGUGAUGAUAUUGCUGACGAUGAGGAUAUCAACUUGGAUUUUGAUUUGAACUUAGACGACGGUGGACAAAGUUUUGCAGGCUCAAUUGAACUUGGACGAAAUGCAUCCAAUGCAGGAGACGAAAUUCACAACUCGGUAUUGGAAGGACACCACCACAAAUCGAACAAUAUUUUUGAAUUGGAUUUGGGCCAACCAUUGCAGAAUAUCGACGAUUUUGACAUCAAUUUCGACGACGGUUACAUGUCAUCUUCCAGCAUUGCUCACAACGAACAACCACCAGCUGAAAAUCAAUCCGAGGCAACUCAAUCAAGGGCAAGACAGAGACAAAGACAACGGAGAACUAGAAUAACAGACGAUGGACAAAUGGUGGUUGUAAACAAAAAAUUGGUGGUGGAUUCAUCAGAUCACUUGCAAUUAUCAUUGGACACUUUAAGGGAGAAUCAACAUAAUGCAUUAACUCACACAGUACAACCAAACAGCACAAAGAUGUCAAACAAUGACAAAUUACUACUAAUUCAACAAAUGUCCCUCCCAGCAGCAUCAAAGAAGAGAAAGUUGUGGGACUUUAGCACCGACUUCCAUUUCAGAAUACCACUAGCAAAAGACGACAGUGAUGAUGAAGGGGAACACGAGAACUCGACUGAUGACAGUGAUGAUAGUAUUGACAACUCGUUGGAUGAUAUCAGCAUGUCCGAUAAUGAAAGCGAAAAGGGGAAAACUACAAAAUCGCGCAAGGUGGAUGAUGAUGACAAAGAAGAAGAAGAAGAUGAUGAUGAUGAAGAAGAAGAAUCAGUCGAUGAGUCCUUUUGUAGCGAUGGCGUUGAAAAUGUUGCAAAGAGCACAAAGCAAGCUGCAGAUGAAUUACAAGACUUGUUCAGAUUGGAUGCAACUGUAACGUUUGAGGAUUUUGUGAAAAGUGAUACCACUGCGGUGAGACCUUUAGGGUUAAAAAAUAAGGAAUACGUGAACCACAAGAGAGAGGCAUCGAGAUGCUUCUUUGAACUAUUGGUUCUUGCUACAAAUGACUGUAUCAACUUGCAUCAGGAAUCUUCAAACUUGAAUAUCCAAAGAGACCUUCAUAUCACAUCUAGAGACAGUUUAUUUAGUUUCGUAUAA